AUGGGAUCAACGGGGGAGACACAGAUAACUCCGGUGCAAGUCACCGACAACGAAGCUGCUCUGUUCGCCAUGCAACUAGCCAGCGCCUCCGUUCUUCCUAUGGCUUUGAAAACCGCUUUAGAGCUCGAUCUUCUUGAGAUUAUGGCCAAGAACUCUUCUCAAAUGUCUCCCACUGAGAUCGCUUCUCAUCUUCCGACAAAAAACCCCGAAGCUCCGGUCAUGCUCGACCGUAUCCUCCGUCUCCUUACGUCCUACUCCAUCCUCACCUGCUCCAACCGUACACUUCCAGGCGGCAACGGCGUCGAACGGAUUUACGGGCUUGGUCCGGUUUGCAAGUACUUGACCAAGAACGAAGAUGGAGUUUCGAUUGCUGCUCUAUGUCUCAUGAACCAAGACAAGGUUCUCAUGGAAAGCUGGUACCACUUGAAAGAUGCGAUUCUUGAUGGUGGCAUUCCAUUCAACAAAGCUUAUGGAAUGAGCGCGUUCGAGUACCACGGGACAGACCUUAGAUUCAACACGGUCUUCAACAAAGGAAUGUCUAACCAUUCAACCAUCACCAUGAAGAAAAUUCUCGAGACCUACAAAGGUUUCGAGGCCUUGACCUCUUUGGUUGAUGUUGGUGGUGGCACUGGUGCUACUCUUAAAAUGAUCCUCUCUAAGUACCCGAACCUUAAAGGCAUCAACUUUGAUCUCCCUCACGUCAUCGACGAAGCUACUCCUCAUCCCGGCCUUGAGCAUGUUGGAGGAGAUAUGUUUGUUAGUGUCCCCAAAGCUGAUGCCAUUUUCAUGAAGUGGAUAUGUCACGAUUGGAGCGACGAACACUGUGUGAAGUUCUUGAAGAACUGCUACGAGUCGCUUCCAGAGGAUGGGAAAGUGAUAUUGGCAGAGUGUAUGCUUCCAGAGACACCAGACACAAGCCUCUCGACCAAACAAGUGGUCCAUGUGGAUUGCAUCAUGUUGGCUCACAAUCCUGGAGGCAAAGAACGUACUGAGAAAGAGUUUGAGGCAUUAGCUAAAGCAUCAGGCUUCAAAGGCAUCAAAGUUGUCUGCGACGCCUUUGGUGUUCACAUUAUUGAGUUGCUCAAGAAGCUCUAA